AUGUCAACUUCAGUCCACUUUUUCACUCUCUUAAGUGCGAACUCAUACAGCUGUAAUCUGAAAGUUCCAGAGACUAUUAUAUUAGGUUUUGGGUUUCCUAAGCCUACUUAUAUGAAAAAUACAGAACAUAACAAGCUAGAAUUUUUGACGAUUGAAAAAGAAGACAUCAUAGGGAUAAUUUCGAAUUGAGUUAACGGAGAUAUAAAUUCGCCAAUUAUGAUUGUAAAAUCUCUGGUAUUCAUAAAAUUAAUCAGAUUUAAUUAAAUUUAAUAAAAAUUAAAAAAAUUAUUCAAAAAUCUCUUAAAGGGAAUACUUUGUGAUUUAGCACUGAAGAAAUUGAAAAUAUCAUAAAAGGUGAAUGCAUAAUCCAGCAGUUCAUAUGCAAUGAACUUAAAUACUCGAUUGCUCGAGCUAUUUGAGACUAUCAAAAAGGCCAUACACUUGUAAUGCUUCACGAAAAAUCCCCAAAAAUCAUGAUCCCAAGUGCUGAGCCAAGUGUAUCCACAGAAUGAUCAGAGCACACAAAAGAAAAUUAUGUUAAAUCAAUUGACUUACCAUGCCCUGUAAAGCUUAAAAGCUAUCUUGAGUCAAUGAAAAUUAUAAUAAACAAAAAAUUAAAGUCAAUUUCUUGCAGGCUUGAGCACUUAGAGCUUGAUUUUAUAAAAUCAACAAAUCAUCAAUACUAUUGCACUGGGAUUCACAAUUACUCUUAUGGUGAAUGCAAUUCUCUAUUGAGAUUUUCAUCAUUAGAAAACACUUCAAAGUCAAAAUUAAAGCAAAGCAGACAUAUUAGCACAAGCUCAAUGCCAUCAUCACCUUUUAUUACAUCUCCAAUUUCUACCCCUGAUAGGACCUCAGCAAAUAUUUUUUAUGCCCCAAAUGUCAAAAUAAAACAAACUUUGGAUUCAAGAAUAAGGAAGCAUAUUUCAGAUAAAGGAAUCAUUGGACACAUGAGUUAUAAUUUUUGAAAAAAUAAAAUAGACAAUGGAGAGAAAAUGCUUCCAAAUGAAGAAAAAUAUGCAAAGCUAAGAUUUCCUAUGAAAAAUAAUAUUUUUUAUAAAGAAAUAAAUUUUUUAAAAAAAAUAAAUUAUUAUGACGAAAUUUUUAUGAUUCCUACCUUAAUUGCAUCUCAUUCGACAAGAGUCUUAAUUGAAACAAGCCAAGAUUUAAAAGUUGUGAAGUCACUUGCUCAUAGAAUGCAGCAACUUAUAGAUAGAAAACAGCAAAGAAAUUUAAAUGAUAAAGAAAAAACAAUUCAAAGUUCAGUAAUCUCGAAAGAAAGGCAAAAAGCUCUAACUAGGCUAGAGAGGAGAAUUAUAAGACUCAAAACUAUAAAAAUUUUGCCUGAGGCAAUCCAGAAUACAGCCAAAAACACAGUGAAUGAUGCAGCCAUGAUGCUUGAUUUUGCAAAAAGUUCUAUAACUUAUCUACCAUAAUAGAUCGCUAUAGACAAGAGCAUAUCAAUCAGAAAAGAAUGGUCCAGGGCACAUGCUUUUAUACAGCCUAAGCCUGAUUAGGCAUCUAAAAACUAUGAACAGGGAUUCUCUUCUUCAUUUGCAUUGUUCAAAACAAUUUUCAAACAAAAAUUUAAGUGAAAAUUAAAAUAUGUGGUUAAUAAUAAUCUAUAAGAAUGCAGAAGCUAUAUCAAAAGAUCCCAAUAG